AUGGCAACACUGCCGAGCUUUGUUUCAAAGCUGUUCACUGCCAAUGUCAAUAUUAAAACUAACACAGACAGAGAAAGUGAGAACGAUGCCAAAGACGGAGAUUGUAAGGACGAUUCCAAAGACGAAGAAAGCGAGGACGAUGCCAAAGACGAAGAAAGUGUGGAUGAUGCCAAAGACGGAGAAAGUGAGGACGAUGCCAAAGACGGUGAAAGAGAGGACGAUGCCAAAGACGGUGAAAGUGAGGACGAUGCCAAAGACGGAGAAAGUGAGGACGAUGCUAACGACGAAGAAAGUGAGGACGAUGCCAACGACGGAGAAAGUGAGGACGAUGCCAAAGACGGAGAAAGUGAGGACGAUGCCAAAGACAGAGAAAGUGAGGACGAUGCCAAAGACGAAGAAAGUGAAGACGAUGCCAAAGACGAAGAAAGUGAAGACGAUGCCAAAGACGAAGAAAGUGAAGACGAUGCCAAAGACGAAGAAAGUGAGGAUGAUGGCAAUGACGAUAAGAGUCAAAAUAAAUUUGAUGAAGUAUCUGAUGCUGAUUAUGAAGAAAUUUAA